UUGUCGGAUAGAAUGGAUAUGAAAGGUAGAUAUCUGGAGCCAUAGCCACCUUAUAUUUUAAUUAUAAUUUCUUCACCACCCAAAAAACACAAGUCAUUUGGGUGUGUGUAACAGGGGGAGAAGCUGACAAUUAUGGCCAUGGCAACGGCUCUUCGAAGACUUUCCUCUUCUGUUGACAAACCAAUUAAGCGUCUCUAUAAUGGCGGCUCUCUUUACUACAUGUCAUCGUUGCCUAAUGAAGCUGUUUACGAGAAGGAAAAAAAUGGUGUCACGUGGCCAAAGCAACUGAAUGCUCCUCUAGAGGAGGUUGAUCCAGAAAUUGCUGACAUUAUUGAGCUUGAGAAAGCACGCCAGUGGAAGGGACUUGAACUCAUUCCUUCAGAAAAUUUCACUUCUGUGUCUGUAAUGCAAGCUGUUGGAUCUGUUAUGACAAACAAGUACAGUGAAGGAUAUCCUGGGGCUAGAUACUAUGGAGGAAACGAGUAUAUUGACAUGGCGGAAACCUUAUGCCAGAAACGUGCCUUAGAAGCAUUCCGGUUGGAUCCUGCAAAAUGGGGAGGUAAUUGA